ACAACCAGUCUGAUGCACAAAAACCCCACAUUUGUGAGCAGUUUGGUCUGUAAAGUGCACAUACAUCCGUGUCGGUUUGUGUGCUUAUGCUGCAGGCGAGGACCAGGUUUGUAGCUGCUACUGAGGUCAUGUUUUCAGUCUACAGUUAAAAUCUGAUAAUGUAUAAUGGACUCAGAUGGCAAUAAUGAUAGGAUGGCAACUUAUUUUCAGUAACUGGAAGACACAAGAUCCUCCUUUUCAGGAUUGGUUGACAGGAAAAGUGGCUGCAUGUGAAAGAAUUUAAUGUAGCAAGAGGACAAAGUGUGUGUGUGUAAAGAUGAGCUGGAAACUUAAGAUUUAAAGAGACAUUUGUGUGUUUGUGUUUGGAAAUGGGCUGUAUAUUUUCUGAUUUACAAUACUUAAAAAUCAAAAUUGCAUGUGAUAAAAAAUAAAUUACACAUGGGGGCAAUUCAUGGGCUGAUUCCAGUAUGUUUCAUCUCAAUAUGUUUAAUUUGAUCACUUUUAUCCCAACAUAAAUAAACAGUAAAGGAUUCAGUAUGUGUGUGGAGAUGGUUCUUAUAUCCUCAUGUUGAGAAAUAUAAUCAAUCAGUUCACUGAAUUGAUAAAAUGUGAAAAAUAUUCGGGAGAGACUGAAAGCUGGAGACCGCUUGGAAGCCCUUUAGCGACCCCUGGGCCACCCUGCACCCUACGUUGGGAACCGCUACUGGUCUGCUAUGGACUCUAUUCCCUAAGGUGGACACAUGACAGACAGGUGGCGCUACUUUACUGGCAUUGAUGGGGUCGGCCAGUCGGGAGGAACAGAAGUUUGUUCUGCGCUUGUGUUUUUACGCAGGCGCAGAUCAUGCUGUUUGUCCAGUUUCGCUGGUUGACUUUUACCUGUGAGGUAGACUAGUUUCGGCUCUCCGGUGGGAAUAAAGAGCUUACCGAGCACCGUCCGGUCCAGAGGUGACAAGACUUUCCUCCUCCCCUCCCCGGACCGUGUGACUCAGGGGUUCCCGCUGCGGAGCGUCGGCCGGGAUUUCUUCGGGAUUUUACAUAGAGUCGGUGCGCAACAGCGAGCAAAGCAGGAGGCAGGUGCACCGGAGAGGAGGACAGGACAGGACAGGGGGAGGAGGAGGAGGAGGAGAAGGAGGGCUGCAUGUAUUUCCGUGAGAGAGUCCUGUCGUUCACACCUCGCCAAAUGAUUGGAAAUCAACUGGUUGGCGCCUCGGUGGUCGAUGUGUGUGAGUUUCAUUAGUAUGCGGCUGGAGUCCCCCCGCUGCUGCCGACUGGACUGAUCGGCAGCCCUGAAGUCUCCUCCGUGGCUGCUGAGUGACUCCUCGCCCCGGGGAGGACGAGGAGGAGAAGGAGGUGGAGGAGGAGGCGGCGGCAGAAGCAGGACCCCGGCUGCACCGACUGGUCUGUGGGACUGUUUUAACGCACGCAGCGCGGCGGACCUCCUCUCCCUGUGGAUCAGGAAGAUGAUGGGCUUUCUGCGCCGGACGUUCAGCCGCCGCUCACGGAGCCGCUUCCAGGCGAGAGAGAGGGACGAGCGGGACGGUAAGGGGGGAGGAGGAGGAGGAGGAGGAGGAGGAGGAGGUGGUGGUGCGGGAGGGGUGACCGGGAACCCCCUGCUCCUGGCUCAUCAGCAGCAGGUCGUCCACGCGCCCGCCGUGGUGGCCGCGGGAGCGUCGGUUCACAUCCCGGCUGCUGGGACGGCGCGGACCACCAUCACCUGCCGGGUCCUGCUGCUGGACGGCUCGGAUGUCAAUGUGGAUUUGCCUAGCAAGUCCAAAGGCCAGGACCUUUUUGACCAGAUCAUGUAUCACAUAGAUCUGGUUGAGACAGACUACUUUGGACUGCAGUACAUGGACGCAGACCAAGUCUCACACUGGCUGGAUAUGUCCAAGCUUAUAAAGAAGCAGAUCCAAGAUGGUCCGCCAUUCAGACUGUUCUUCAGAGUGAAAUUUUACUCCUCAGAGCCAAAUAACCUGCGUGAGGAAUUUACAAGGUAUCUGUUUGUGCUGCAGCUUCGACAAGACAUUCUGUCUGGCAAAUUGAAAUGUCCGUAUGACGUCUCGGUAGAGCUGGCAGCAUAUUGUUUACAAAGCGAGCUGGGAGACUGUGACCCCUUGGAGCAUUCUCCUGAGCUGGUGUCGGAGUUUCGUUUCACUCCUAAACAGAGUGAAGCCAUGGAGGCGGACAUCUUUGGAAGGUGGUUGGACCUCAGGGGAAAGAGCCCGUCUCAAGCAGAGAUCUCCUUCCUCAACAAAUGCAAGUGGCUGGAGCUUUACGGAGUAGAUAUGCACUUUGUUAAGGGCAGAGAUGGAGGAGAAUACGCACUAGGUCUCACUCCUACUGGCAUCUUAGUAUUUGAGGGCUCCAAUAAAAUCGGCCUCUUCUUCUGGCCCAAAAUCACUCGGCUGGACUUUAAAAAGAGUCGACUCACAUUGGUGGUGGUGGAGGACGACGAUCAGGGCCGGGAGCAGGAGCAUACGUUUGUGUUCCAGCUGGCCAGCUCCAAGACCUGUAAACACCUGUGGAAGUGCGCGGUGGAGAGCCACGCCUUCUUCCGGCUACGUCAGCCGGCCACGGGCAAGGCCAGCCGCAAUGACUUCACGCGACUCGGGUCUCGCUUCAGAUUCAGUGGUAAGACAGAGUACCAGGCCACUCAUGGAGGCAGACUGAGACGAGCCAGCACAUUCGAGAGAAGACCAAGCAAGCGUUACCCCUCCCGCACACAGUCACUGGGCAAAGUUGCCAUUUCUCCAGCCAAGCCGCCACAUAUCAGCUCUCACGCCAGCCCUGAUCCCAGCCUACAUCCAUACCAGCACAACAUUCCUAUUGGUCAUGAGCCGUGGCACCCGCAACAUCCCGCUCUCACACCCCCAGUUUACCUGCAGCCCUCCGGACGCGCGCCUCCGCACAGUUUCCCUCUGAGUGGUCCCGCUUCAGACCAUCAGUUCAGCAUCGAGGAGAAUGAGACUUCGUAUUCUGGCAAGAUCCACCACCACCAUCGCCGCCACACACAUAGCCAGGACACGCUCUGCCAUACACACACCAAGAACAAACGUCGAGUUCCUCCCUGCCCGGCAGAUGAGUUGGACAUCUCUCAAUCUCUUCUCAAGGCACUGGAGUCGGACAGUGAUUCUCCUCCCUGGCCUUCGCUGCACGUCAACAUGGACAAGGGAGAGGAGAAGCAGCUGUCGGAAAAGUCUCUCCACCCUCCCGCCUCCCCGGCGAUGCUCCCCGACCACCUCAAGUGUAACAUCCUCAAGGCCCAAAUGGAAGCAGCUUUCAGGAAGGAAGCUCCUGCAACACCUAGAGGAAAGAACUCAAAUGAGACCCUCAAUGACAGGUAUCAGAGCUCAUCUCAAGACUCAGCUGCAUCCAGUAUGACUUCAGACAAAACGCCCCACCGGCAAGAGCGCAACCCAACGCCAGAAAGGCUCCAACCCAAACCCAACACGGGCACCAACCGCAGAAAACGACUGGUCAGACAGUUCAGCUUUAACCACGAAGAUGAAGAUAAUCUCCCAGAAGCACUCGCAGCAAUCUCCUCCCAGAGUGCAGCAAAGUCAGGCUCUAGCAGCUCAUUGGACAAACAGAUACAACCGUCCAUAUACCCACAGGUGGAUAAUAUGCCAGCACUGGAACUGGGUAGUCCGUGCUGUCUCUCUCCUUCGCCUUCUCCCCACCUCUCCCCUUCUUACUACCGUAGCUCCAUUCCUCACCUGGUCCCUUACCUUGCUGCCCAUAACGACAGCGGAGAGGAAAUGAGGCUGGACAGAGAGAAGAUACUAAGAGCCCUCCUGAUGACGGAGCUCUGAGACCUUGACCCUUGACCCCUGUGACAUCGCUGCCAGGUCCAGCAGACCAGGCAUUAAGCGUGGAAAGUGAAAGUGGAAAUUGGAGAUCCAAAGGCGUUGGCUGCAAUCAGCAUAUGUAUAUUUGCAUAUUACAUUCAGUAGUUAUGAAUAUAUGUAUAUUUGCAUAAAGGCAAUUGUUAUAUUUGCUUAAUGGUUACUUUAGACGGACGGAUCUUUAUAUUCAUCAAACUGAAAAUGUAUAAACUGUAAGUGAGCUCGAAUCAAACUGACUCACACAUUCACACUGAUUACAGGAAAGCUACAGAUGUGACUGGUGCUGCCUGCAUGAUAAAUAUGUUACAAGAUGAGAUGUUUAUCUGAUUUGCUUUGGGGGUAUUUUUAGUUUUUAUGUGAUUUCAUCAUCAUGUGUCCUUGUUGAUGCCUAAACUGUGUUUCAGACAGCGACUGUUGAGGGAUUCAGGCUCCUGCCGUCAAUCUCGACACUUUAAAAAAAAAGGAUAGUCUGAAGUUCAAGGAUAGGUUCACGCUUUUUAAAGUCUACCUUAAAGGGGCCAUAUUAUGCACAUUUACAUGUCUGUGUUUUUAAUCUGGGGCUCUACUGGACUAUCUUUGCAUGAU